AUGGCAGAUAAACUCACCAUCGAGCAGCUUCGUAAGCUGCAAAACCUCGUAUUGACCACAUUCGACAACCAACGUAAGUGGUUAGAAAACCCAAAAACCCAGAAAACAGCUCGUGAUCUCCAACGUCGUAUUCAGUACCUACGUCAGCAGUAUCACUACCUCAUGCAGAAAAUAGAAACCAGCGAAGUCCAAAUCAAAGUCGAAGGUACGUUUCAGUGCAUUAUCACUCAAGCUGAAUCUGUACUCAGACAGCUAGAAUCGAAUACGCGAUCCGUUCCUACGCAAAUUCUGGUAAAACGUUCAAACUCGUCUGUAUCAACGCAUAUCGUAUCGUCUGUACCUUCGUUAACCGCGGACCAGUCUCCGGCACCUUCGCCGACCGCAUCGUUAUCGUUAGCAGCAUCGUUACCCGCUGACCCAUCUCCGGCACCCCAGCCGGCCGCAUUGUCGAUAUCAGCAGCUCCGUUAGUCUCAUCUUCGCCUCCGAAUCAGCCCAAACGCUUCGAUAAAUCGCUACCUUCGAAUGUAUCGCCAGUAACCGCUACUCCAGCAGUACAGAAUUCGGCAUCUGCUUCAGUGACGACAUCCGAAUCGCCUCAUGAGUCGUGCGUCAUAAUUUCUGACGCAUCUGUGAGCUCAUUUACUCCUAUAGAAUCGAAUUCAAGCAGUACCGUAUCUCAGGCAGUCACUCACGCUUCUCCGUCAGAGAGUCAACCAGAAUCGCAUCCGUCGUGCGUUAUGUCGUGUAUACCGCGCACUUCCGGUCAUCAGAGUUCAGCUGAAAUCUCCAACGACUCAUCUACAGCAACGUUGGCUUCGGCGGCGGUGACAGAUACGCAUUCCGCGCUUCCAAUGCAACGUAGCAUCGUGAACACCGCGUCAGUCAACGCUUCAUCGAACGUAACAGCUCAUAGCGAUGAGAGUACACCGCAUCCGCCUUCCAUGGCGGCAUACAACGCGUUUACCGCGCCUCUCCGCGCACCAGCCAUCACAGCACGCAGUGUGGUAGUCCCCACAUGCACCAGCACCGUUUCCAGCAUCUGUAAUUCGCUUCCAACACUCGAAUCCGCAUCAGCAGCACUGCCAGAAACAUCUGUUUCUGCCGCAGCAACCGCAACCCUAUCCGUACCUCCGACAGCAAUCAGCAGCGCAAAUGACACGGCACAUGACGCGUCAUUGAUCGUUAUAAGUUGUAGCAACAAUCCACCAACCAGUACAACAGCUUCCGCAUCCAACACUACCAUUUCUCGCUUCAGUUCCGCGUUCUCAACGCUCUCAUUCUCGCCAGUCUCAACCCAAGCGAUGUCCGCUUCAUUGGCGGCAUCCAAAGCGCACCACACAUCACGUAGCAUCGUCUCAGCAACACCUACGCAUUCAUACGCACAGGUAGUCGCAUCCAACACGUCACCUGUACCAGUCUCAGCGUGUAACGCGCCAAUCACCGCGCGCAACGCGCCAGCUACCGCAAACUGCGCACCAGUUUCAAUGCUUCGUACACCGGUACCAGUCCCGAAAAUCGCGGCGCGAGGUGCGCAACCAGACACCGCACUCGCCGCUCCAGUUUUGACGCUUCCUGCACCUGUUCCAGUUGCGUCAGUCACCUCGCAUCCUACACUACCUGUACUAGAAUCCGCAUUCGUCAGUGAUGUUCCUAACAUCACCAGUACCUCGCCUCUGGCACCAGUACCUGCGCUCACAUCUGUGUUAGCAGUACCUCAGGAGCCACUAGCGCCAGCAGCGACCAUAGUAACAAUUUUUGCACGCAGAACACCAGUUAGCAGUGCGAAUACCGCGCCAGUUGACCACGUAUCGAACGUAAUAGUUUCUAGCAACGAGCUGGCACCGCAUUCGCCUACCCCAGCAACAGCUGUCGCGUUUCCUGCUCCUUCACGCACCUGUAUCAGCUCAGCGAGCUGUUCUGCAGUUUCCACAUUUGCGACCACCGCUUCUAGUACCGUGUCCGCGCCAGUAGCCGCGCCAACAGCGUCUGCUUCGGCAGCGGCAUCCAGAGUGCAUCUUGCACCCAACAGCAUCGUUUCUACGUCAUCAGAGUGCUCACACACACUCCAGACGCAGAUAGCCUCAGCCAAGUCAUCAUUCGAGUCCGUAGCAGUUUCUACACUGCACUCAGCAAUUCAGAUGGUCGAAUCCUCGACCCCCGCACACUCAGCGUCGCGUAUACACGCACCUACCAGAUCCAAGUUUGCUUCGUAUCCAGCAGCGUCUUGCUCCGCGCUUUCCCCACCAAGUUAUGCGCUUCCGGCUCCAGUAAUCGUAUCCGCAUCCGUGAACUCGCUAUCCGCAUCAGUAUUCGCGCAAGAAGUCGCGCUAUCCGCACCCGUGUCAGUGAGACCGGGCCCAGUAACAGCGGCGCCGGCCUCCGCAUUUGUUCUACAGCAAGCGGCGCCAUUCUCUGCUCAAGUGAGCGUCAAUGCGUCAUUUGUCGCAUCAGUUCCAGUGUCUCCAGCGUUCGUAGCUGCGCAGUUAGCACCAGCGUCUACCUCCGCAUACGUUACGGCACUUACCACACCAGCCUCCGUCAUAAUCGCACCCGAAUGCGCACCUAUGAGUGCUACCUCGAAGUUCAUCGCAUCUAGCAAUCAGAUCACAUCGUAUCUGUUCGCAGCGGCGGCGGCAGUGGCAUCUGCUGCGCCUCCCAACUUACCAUUCAUCUUACACUUGUCUAAGCAGUCCCAGUUGCACUGCACUACAUUUUCGGCGCUUCAAGCCGCCUCGAUCAUCUCUAAUUCGGCUCCAGAGAGCACCGCAUCGAAUGACCACGCAUUUGGCCGCCAGACAACGAUAAAUACGCCCUCAGUGGCGGCGGCACUUAACGCUACACCAUCUCAGCACGUUUCAGUGCAUCAGACCGUUUCAAUGCUCCCUCUCAAGCAGUGUCGAUCAACGUUACCCUUUUCUGCAGAAUCGUCAGUUUCAGCCUUCUUGGCUGUGUUCAUUUUGCUACUCACAGCAUUGUCCGCAGGUCCGGCACUUGUCUCAUCGUCAGAUCAGGCCUCCGAGAGCCUAACCAUACCUUCACACCACUUCAAUACAGUAGCCGAAUCAUCUGAUUCAGCCACCUCGACUACACUCAAUCAACUCGUCGCUCCGAUCUUUAUAGCGUAUUUACCCAGCACAGUACGUGCUUCGAUCCUCAAUUCGGCCACAGAAGGCCUCAACUCGCAGUUUUGGGCCACAGAAGACCCACACAUCGAUUUUUACGCUCAUUACGCGAAUCAGGCUGAUAUUGUCACCUUUAGUAUGUAUCCGUUAGCUUUGAAUCAUUAUUCGAUUGUUACUCGUUCGUAA